AACCCAACCGCUUUCAUACAUGCGUACGCUUGCACAGGCUGUAUCGUUGUUACCACCUAAGGUUAUUGUGCGUUAUUCUCGUUUAAGAAUUCAAGUUGAGAUCUCGGUUCGGUAAAAAAAAGUUAGUUCUAAAGGCUAUAUAAAUAGAAAGCCAAUGGAUAGUUCUUCGGAUGACGACUGUUACAUUAAUUCUGCGCAAACAUUAAAAGCAUUAAAGAAACAACUGAUCGUUAAUGGCAGUCCCAGCGAUCAAGAAGCACCAGCAGUCCCACAGGAUGGGACGCAACCCUAUAUGCUUGAAGAUUGCUUAAUUAGUGAGGUGCACUUAGCACCUAAAACUAAAAGAUCUUCGCGUAGAACUCGUGGUAGAGGUCCCAGAAUGAGUCGGAGAAUAGCUGAUCGCGAACCAGAAGAAUCAGAGAUCCUUCCACAACUUUUUGCCAAAAAACCACCAGUUCAAUCAAUUUCUUUAAUAGAUUCUGAUCCAGAAGACAUGAUAGUUACAAUGAAUUCUGAUGACGACAAAGAUGCAGCAGGUGAUGAUGCACUUGUAAAUUAUGAAAUGACCAUAAAAAUCAAUUGGCAAUCUGCUAGACUCGAGCGUGUACCUCUCAGACGGUAUCAAGAGUUCUCAAAGGUUUUUGAGUACUUCUCUACAAUGGUAAACAUACCUCAAGAGCGAAUAUGGUUAGUUUUGCGAAAUGAGAUCACGAUAAAACCAAGUGAUACACCAGAUUCCUUAGGUCUCACUAUUGUAGAUAUAAUUGAGGGUGGAAUUAUUGAUGGUAGUACGGAGCAUCGUUGUACUGAUAAAACCAUUGUGGACAAGGAUAGUAUCAACAUUAAAAUUCAAACUAAGGAUCAAAAGAAAACACUGAAUAUUUCCAUUAAGAAAGGUCAAAAAAUUAAGGUACUCAUGAUGAAAUGUGCAGAGCAACUGAACAUUCCAGAAGACAAGAUCAAAUUCCAAUUUGACGGUGAGCCAGUACACCCUAAUGAAACUGCUGAGAGCUUGGACUUGGAAGGCGGAGAAUGCUUCGAUAUGUAUACAAUACCGUAAAUUUAAACAAAAUAUUUAUUUACAUUGGCUAAAAUUUCAAAGUAAAUAUUCUCACAAUUUGGUUGUGCAAGUUGGCAGUAAUGCUCAUUUGACAAGUAAAAUAGAGUCCUACAGCAACAGUAUAUUGUAAUUUUAGGAUAGUCAACAUCAAAAAAAGACUAAUUAAAAUAAAAUUAUUUCAGCUUUAAUAAAGAGCUGAUUGAUGAAUAAUUCAUUAAUUCUUUUAGUUAGGUGAAUAAUUUGUAAACAGUGGUUCGAUUUUUUAAAACAUUCAAUUUGUGAGAAGUUUCAAGAAAUAAAUAAUAUAUUAAACGAAGUACGUACUUGAUUUCUGUUAUUAGGCUGAAUUAGGCAAUAUAUUGAAGGUACAUUUGUAGCAUAAAUGAAAAAUGUGAGGUUUGAUCUCAAGAAGCUUUCAUUUAUGCAGUAUACAAUAUAGAUUUUUCUGAAUUCAACAUCGUUGGGUAUUUGAUCUGGUACACUUAUGCAACCCAUAUACUCAUUCAAGUCGGUAUUGAUCAGUUUCUGAUUUAAUUUAAAAAAUGAAUGCAAAUCUACUUUGUUAGCAAUUUAAUUUUGACCAAUUGUGCGACGUUAUGUGAAUGAAUGUAAUAGAUUGAAACUGCACUGUAUGUGCAAUAAGUAGAUGAUGCUACAUACUAUCUUAGAUUACGUACUCGACGAAAAAAAAUUUGCAACAUAAAGACAUUCGGAACAGUAGAAAGAGUUUGUUAUUCCGUACUUCCUUUUUUUCAAGUUUGAAAUAUGAUUUCUGGUUGCUUAGAAACGUGACAAAUCUGUGUCAAUUAAAAUUUUAUUUUAAAUAUACUAAUGUCCCUAAUUGUAAAUUAAAGUUAAAUUAUAGCCUCUCUGAUAUUGUACCUGAGAUUCUGCUGUGCACUAGAUAUGUAAAUUGAUUAAAUGUAUGUUACCAUUACAUAGGUAAUGUGAUUGUAUAAAGUUGAUGUAUUACAACUAACCAUUGAACAAUAUGGAAAUGAAAAACAUCGUCACAUACAUACUUUUUUAUUGAAUAAGUAUAUAUAUAAAAAAACGAAUCCAGUAUCAUCAGAUUGUCAAUAAAUCGAAUUACUGAAUA